AUGGCUGUCGUUAUCAGUCGACGGUUCUCCGUGCGAGUUUUUGUCCUCCUGUGUGCCGCAUUGUUCGGCGACGGCUGCCAUGCGUUCGAUAUCUUUCCACCGAACUACGACAUCCGGUACCGGCUCGAGACGGACGUCACGCUGGUGCCGGAUGUGCACGCGACCGACAACUACAUGUGGUACCUGAACGGCUACCUGCGGGUGCAUCGAUACGAUGCCAACAAUUUGGCCGCUACGAUUGAGCUGGACCAACAUCACAUACCGCAGAGUGAGGGGGACGUGUCGGCCCUGCUCCAACCGUUCCGCAUCGCGAUCGCCAACGACACGAUCCUGAGCGUGCAGUUCAAGCUGAACGAACCGAUCUGGUCGGCAAACAUCAAGCGAGCCCUGGCCUCGCUCCUGCAGGCGCACGGUGACGCACCGGGGGCGUACGUCGUCGACGAGCAGGGCAUUUUCGGCAUCUGCCCGACCGAGUACUUCGUCGUGAACAAGUCGAACGUGUUCGAGAUCUCCAAAACGUACGGCAUGGAUCGGUGCACGAUCUACCGCGGGGCGAUCUAUCUGACGCGCAGCAACAUCCCGCAGAACCACUGCAUCCCGAACAAGCAGCCGCAGGCGAUCACGUCCCGCAUCGCGAACUAUAAGCUGCGCAAGAUCGAACCGUACCGGUACAUGCUGACCGAGCUGGAUGGCACGAUGCGGACGAACAUCCGGACGCUCGAGUCGUACUACCCGCAGUUCCUGUACUCGCGCGUGGUGCUGCGCUACGAGCGGCACGAGGUGGUGAACGAGUCUGCCACCCGCGGACCGGUGGUCGACAUCGUGAACGGCAUGGCGCUCCUGUUCAGUCCGAUCCUGUUCGACAGCCCCGAUCUCGAGGCGACCGGGGGUCGUAGUCCGAAGUCGAAGGAGCGGCUCAUCAAGCGCACCGCUAGCCUGCUGAACGCGAUGGCCGACAACCUGGAGACGGUGGACAACAAGCUGAAGGAACCGUACGACGAGACGGUCUCGGAGAUCAUCCGGCUGAUGGGCACGAUGGAUCUGGAAACGCUCAAGCAGCUGUACGAGGAGAUCGACCUGGGCACGUCCUACCGGCAGGAGACGGCCCGGAACAUUUUCCUCGAGAUCGUACCGCGUACCGGCACAACGUCGACAAUCCUGUUGACGCGCGAUCUGAUCAUGAACAAGCAGGUGAACCCGAUGACGGCGGUUCAGCUGCUCAUCUCGCUGCCGUUCUAUAUGGCCGAACCGUCGCAGGAGCUGGUGAAGGAGUGCGAGGUGUUCCUGGAGGUGGGUGCGGACCGGCCGGAUAUUAAGCAUGCGGCCGUCCUCAGCUACGCCACGAUGAUCUACAACACGUUCGUCGCGGGCAAACUGACGGCCGACACGUUCGAGAAGUACGUUAAGAUGUACUUUGAUUUGUUUUUAAAUAGCUUCGAGUACGAGCAGCAGAUGCUGUACCUCGAGGGUCUCGGUAACCUUCAGCUGGAAAAUGUGGCCGAAUAUCUCGAUCCCAUCAUUCGCGCCGAUUACCCGCAGAACACGGACAUACGCUUUCUGGCCAUGCUGGCGAUGCUGCCCACGGCACACCUUCGGCCGAACCAGGUGUACGAAACCUACUGGCCUAUCUUCCACUCGCGCACGAGCCCACUGCAGCUGCGGGUGGCCGCCUUCACGAUGCUUCUCUUCUCCAAUCCAACGCCCGGUCGGCUGCUCGGACUGUACAGUGUGAUCCGCACGGAGAACGAUCCGCACAUGAUCAACUUCUAUCGCACCACGGUGCUGAGUAUCUCCGAGACGACCUACCCUUGCUAUCAGCAUUUGAAACUCUUGCUUGCGUACAUGACCCGCCAGCUACCAGAUGCACCGGCUCCGAAGUACUGGGUUACGGGCAACUACCUUUUCGACUACCGCGACCGUAAGUUUCACAUCGGCUCGAUGCUGCAAACGAUGCUGAUCGGUAGCCAUCAAACCGAUCUACCGAUGAUUGCAUCGCUCAAGUUCGACACGGAAGCUCUGGGGCGGUUUACCGGGCAGCUAGGGCUGUACAUUAAAGCGCGUGGGUUGAGCGACGCCGUGAUAAACCGGCUGACCACGUUCAACUCAAGCCACCUGAAGCUGGAUCGGUUAAGUAGCAUCCUGAGGGCGAUGAAGCUGUCCACGAUUAGUCCCACGCCGUUGCACUUUGAGUUCAUUGUGCAGUUCGAGGGAAAGGCGGUACUGUGCUACCAUCUCAAUCAGACCACGUUCCACAAUCUCACCGAUGGAAAUAUUAUCAACCGGAUCAACCUACUGCGAGACAGCCACGUAAACAUGCAGAUCGUACGGCGUCCGUUCAUGAUCAAGUACGCACUGCCGACGCUGAUCGGCACACCGGCCGACAUCCUGAUCGAGAACACCGUGCUGGCGACGAUCCGCGGCAACACCACCCAGCAGACGAUGCUGAUGGACAAGGUGGCCCGCAGCAACCAGGUGGACGUGCGCUACUCGUCGUACGCGGUGGUAAAGAUUCGCAGCUACAACCCGAUCGACGACGUCGAGUACUCGACCAUCCGCGAGCAGGGCUUCCUGGUGUAUAUACCGAUCAACAACGAGAUCGUGUGGGAUAUCGCCGGCAAGUCGAUCAGCUACAGCUUCUACCGGCCGGAGCACAUGACCAGCGGAAUCUCGCUGAAGAGCCGCACCCGGAACACACCCGCCAACGAGUCUGUGACGACGGAAGCGCUCGAGCCGAAGGAGGAGGACAUCACCAAGUAUGGCUACCGGUUGGACGACCUGGGGCUGCAGAUGCUGGCCCGGGUGCACCAGGACUACACGCUGGACAACGUCAUGUUCAUGUUCGAGACGGACAUCCUGGACAACGCGAAGGUCCUCACGAAGGGCCCGUUCUCGCUGGUCAACAAUGUGCUGCGCAUCAUCAGCCUGAUCCAGCUGAACACGAUCCACAUCGGGCGGGACAAGCACCUGACGCUGCUGAUCGCGAACGAUCAGAAGACGCUGCUCCAGGGUACGCUCAAGUGGGACACCCAGAACUACUCGAAGCAACCGACCGUCCCGGAGAACGAGGUGGUCCGGGUGAACCUGAUUCUGGCGCACACCAUCCCGAAGCCGGAGGGUAGCCGGGACGAGGUAAAGGUACUGCACAAGUGGGACAUCGUGUCGCAGUACACCAACUUCAAGUGCGACCGGGCGGCCCGGAUCUUCUUCUCGCUAACGAGACAGGAAUGGAACAGUUCCAACUGGAAGAUGUGCUUCUCGGCCGAUUAUCGCCCGCUAGUGUUCCUAGAGCGUCCCUUCGAGCUCACCGGUGACGUGGUGUUCGGUGAGACGAAAGUCCCCAAGCAGUGCCCGAAGGAGCCUCGGAUUGCGUUCAACGUGUCGUACCAUCUGCCGGAGUAUGUGGAGCGCAUCUACCGGGCGCUCGACACCGGGGACCGGAACUGCCCGAAGGAGAUCCUGCGCCUCACGCCGCCACCGUUCUCCGGCGAUUGUCGGGCGGAACGGUUCAGCCCGCUGACGACCGUGAGUGGGCUCGAUGCGCAUUUCAAAUUCACCAAGCUUCCAUCCUGGAUCGAUAUGCUUCUUCAUCGGCUUGAUCAUGCCGUGUCAGCCGUCGUACCCGAGCGCGUCCACACGCUAAAUAUGACCGACCAUAUCGAUGUGCAAGUGCGCGUGCCACAGUUUACAAACGACACGGAAAUACAGAUCAACGGUGGUGCCAUUUGGUUCCCUUCGCGCUUCUACCACAACGUGAAGCUGCAACACUCGUACACCUCGAGGAUCGAGUAUGGGUUCCUCAGUGUCUGCAGCUUGGUGCACGAUAAGCUAACGACAUUCAACGACCGCAUUAUCCAGCUGACGGAGGCAACCCGGAACGAGUACCGGGUGCGCGACAGCUUCCUCAUGACCGCCGACUGCUCGCUAACGCCCAAGCUGGCCGUCUUCGUGCUGGACGAGCACAAGGGUGUGCAGAUCUACACCGGGGGGAACUAUCUGAUCUACGAGCCGGCCGGGUCCGGUGUGGCAGCGACACGCAACGGCACCCGCGACGUCCCGCCCUCACUAACGGUCAACAUCAACGACGAGCAGCUGAUUGAUCUGCGCAACAUCGUGUACCAGUACCCGCCGGACGACGAGUUCUACGACUUCCGGGUGUACAUCGACCGGGAGGGCGUGCUGGUGGUCGAGAACCAGCUGAACGGAGCCGUGGUACAGUACGGACCGACCGGCAUCGUCAAUCUGCUGCUCCCGACCGUACACAAGGGCCAAAUGUGCGGCCUGUGCAGCGACCGUGCGGUUUAAGGUGCAUGCAUCGACGUUCGCUAUCCAGCAAUGGGUCCGCAAUGUAGACUGAGAGAUCGUAGAGCCCACGACUUUGCUUCCGCUUCGCGCGCAGUCUGUUCGAAUAGCCCAUCCGGUUGAAGAAGGACGCGCGUUGUGUGUAUGUGUGUAUUUGUUUUAUGUGUGAACCAUGCAGCAUUAAACGACAGCAUAAUUCAUAGAACUUCAUUAGCGUUUAGUGGAUGUUAGGAAAAUAUAUAGUG